AUGGGCUUGGACAACGUUAUUCGUAAAGGGCAUCCGAUCCUCUUCGGCGCCAUCAUCCUCUUCUCCAUCAUCGAGCUAGCCAUCUCCGCCUGGCUCACCUCGCAAUACAACUCCCACCACAACUUCUCCUCGGGCACCCUCCGCUCACGCGUCACCUACACCCUCUUCGUCUCCGUCUGGACGAUCGUGCUCUCGUCCGCCUUCCUCGGGCUGUUCUUGGUGAACGCGGGGAACGUCCUCGUUAGUGUGAUGGGGCAUUUCGUCUUCCUAUUCGUAACCUGGAUCCUCUGGCUCGCCGCGAGCGCAGCGCUCACCGACACACUGGGUGGGACGAUCAACUGCGCUACGCAGAGCGUGUUCGUGCACUGCGGACAGCUGAACGCGCUGCUGGCAUUCGCGUGGAUCAUCUGGGCGCUGAUCACCAUCACCCUCGUCCUCGUUCUCAUACGCGGGAUCCAGUCGGCGAGGAAGGGAGAUGGGUACAGGGGUGGCCUUAUCGCGGCUUGA